AUGGCAAAGCUCGCCGCCGCCCUGACUGUCCUCGCACUGGUCGCCUGCGUGGCUCGUCCGUGCCAAGCAGGCUACGGGUAUCCCAACCCUGUGCCUUCCAGCCCGAAUACACCAAGUCCUCCUCCACCACCGACGCCGAUUACACCUAGUCCUGCUCCGCCCUCCCCGAUUGCACCAUCUACUCCACCACCGAAUACACCUCCAUCGCCCACUCCGAGCUCACCUGCACCGGGGCUCGCCGUUGGCUAUUACCAGAAUACAUGCUACCGUGCGGAAGACAUCGUGAGAGAAGCCGUGCGCAACGCCAGCAAGGGCAUCAUGGCGGGACUCAUCCGUCUAUUCUUUCAUGACUGCUUUGUCAGGGGUUGCGAUGCAUCCGUGUUGCUGGAUACGGCCGACCCGAACAGUGCGACGGAGAAGUUUGGCAUCCCAAACCUGAGCCUACGCGGCUUUGAAGUGAUUGACGCGGCGAAGGCCAAGAUCGAGAAGGAGUGCGGCACCAUUGUGUCAUGUGCCGACAUUGUGGCCUUUGCCGGGCGUGACGCCACCUACUUCCUAAGCAACAACAAGGUCUUCUUCGACAUGCCUGCUGGCCGCUAUGAUGGUCGUGUGUCCCUCAUAAACGAGACACUCAUCAACCUCCCCCCUCCCUUCGCCACCGUGGCUCAGCUCAAGGCCGGGUUUGCAUCCAAAGGCCUCACCGCUGACGAGAUGGUAACCCUCUCCGGUGCGCACACCGUAGGGAUCUCCCAUUGCUCAUCCUUCUCAAACCGCCUCACCUCAAACUCCUCCGACAUGGACCCCAAUCUGAAAAGCACUCUGCAAGAGGAAUGUCAGUCAAACAAUGGCAGCGACAACACGGUGGUACAGGACAUCAAUACCCCUGACAAGAUGGACAACCAGUACUACAAGAACGUGCUCAGCCAUGAGGUGCUCUUUGACUCUGACGCCACGCUAUUGACGGCGACAGACACCAGCGACGCGGUGCGUGCAAACGCUAAGGAUACAAAUCAGUGGGAAGAGAAGUUCAAGGCAGCGAUGGUGAAGAUGGGUGCUAUUGAUGUCAAGACAAUUGCUAACGGCGAGAUUAGGAGGAGUUGCCGUGUUUUGAACACCAACUAG